AUGAGGGGAAACACUGUGAAAAAGGAUGAAUGCCAAACACCCGAUAUCUGUAAACACGGGUCUUGUAUCAAUACUGUGGGUUCUUACUACUGUGAUUGUCUGACGUCCCCGGGAUGGACAGGACCUGCGUGUGAACAAGAUAUAGACGAAUGUAAAAGCAAUGGAACGAAUGUAUGCCCCAGAAAUUCCGUCUGUGUAAACAGCGUUGGAAGUUAUGACUGUAGGUGUAAGCAAGGCUGGAGAGGACCAUCAUGUGAAAUUGAUAUAGACGAAUGUAACAACAUGCCCUGUAGUAAGAAAAAAGUGUGUGAAAAUAGACCCGGAACUUAUCUGUGUACGUGCAAGAAAGGCUGGAAAGGGUUUAACUGUACAGUAGAUAUUGAUGAGUGCCAGGUAAACAGAUCAAUAUGUGGUCAAAAUGGAGUUUGUAUCAAUGACAAAGGUAGUUACUCUUGUAAAUGUAAGACUGGUUGGACGGGGUCCGACUGUAACACAGAUAUAAAUGAGUGUUUAAACAUCACGUCAUCAUGUUCGGGAAAUGGUCGCUGUCUGAACACUCAAGGCAGUUUUAAAUGUUUGUGCAAUUCUGGAUGGGAGGGACCCAGGUGCUCUGUGAAAGUGCAACGCUCUUGCAUUCAAAUACCUUGUAAAAAUAAUGGAUCUUGUAUUCGAAACGCCACAACUGAGAAGUACCAAUGCAUUUGUUCCGGAGGAUUCGAAGGUGCCUUCUGCGAUAAAGAUGUUAAUGAGUGUUUGAACAUCACAUCAUCAUGUUCGGGGAAUGGCCGCUGUCUCAACACUCAAGGCAGUUUUAAAUGUUUGUGUAAUUCUGGAUGGGAGGGACCCAAGUGCUCUGUGAAAGUUCAACCCUCCUGCAUUCAGAUACCUUGUAAAAACAAUGGAUCUUGUAUACGAAACACCACAACUGGGAAGUACCAAUGUAUUUGUUCCGAAGGAUUCGAAGGUGCCUUCUGCGAUAAAGAUAUUAAUGAGUGUUUAAACAUCACAUCAUCAUGUUCGAGGAAUGGUCGUUGCCUAAACACUCAAGGCAGUUUUAAAUGUUUGUGCAAUUCUGGAUGGGAGGGACCCAGGUGCUCUGUGAGAGUACCACUCUCCUGCAUUCAGAUACCUUGUAAAAACAAUGGAUCUUGUAUACGAAACACCACAACUGGGAAGUACCAAUGCAUUUGUUCCGAAGGAUUCGAAGGUGCCUUCUGUGAUAAAGAUAUCAAUGAAUGUUCGACUAAAUGGAGGCCCUGUUCUGGGAGAGGGUCAUGUGUCAACUCAUUUGGAUCUUACUUUUGCGAUUGUUAUGGAGAUUGGGAAGGGCUCAGAUGCGAGAAAAGAAUUGAUCCUUGUUUGUCCAAUCCUUGUCCAAAGAAUUCAGUGUGUGAAACAAAAGACAGUUCUUAUCAAUGCACCUGCAUAAUUGGAUGGGAGGGGCCAAACUGUGAUCAAGAGGUGAAGAGAGCGACAGGUCCAUGUGCAGACAUGUGCAAAGGUGAGGAGUCCUGCUAUUUAGAACACGACUGUACCCAUUAUAAGCACUGCUAUGCUAGGAAUUUUGCUUGUCACUGUACAUUGAUGAAGUGUGCAUUUGGAACGUUUUGGAGUUCUUCCCUCAACACAUGCGACAAAGUAUCUAACGUACUUUGUAAAGCGGACAAUGAUUAA